UUCACUCUUAAGUUGACGAUACCACGCUGUUGCCCGUGACCCCGCGCCACCGACUUUCCUGGCGUCGGUCCCUGGCAAGCCACAUCCACCAAUAACACCCUUCGUCCCAUGGGAAGACUGGGCCUGUUGUUCAGCUCGGAGCCCAGUCUGGAACCAAAGAGCCUCAUCCCGCCAGCGCUCAAAAGCGGGACGCGCUCGUUGCUCUCCGCCCGGUCCCUGGUUCCCCCGUGCAUUAUUCUGGCCGAGUAAUUCUGGCGGAGAAGCGCGGCCGCGAUCUUCCCUCCACAGUCGUCCUUGAGUUGAUCGACAGAUUGACUAGUUAUCUCCACCAACGACCUCGUUCUUCGAAUAUCAUCUGCUCGGCAUGAGGAAGGCCAUCGGCUGCGCAGCCUUGAGCUGUGCUCUCGGCCUGGCCCACGCCAAAGCGUUGAAAUGGAGUGAAGACGGCCACCCAAGAUGGGUUCCCCCCCAAGAGACGCCUGUUGGCUACAUGCUCGAGCUGGGCAUGAGUCCGCCAAUGCCAACGCCUGCACCCAAGGCCUCAAGGGUGAGGGCCGUUCUAGAGGCCCGUGAUACGGACGAUAAUACGUGCGGCUACGUGAGCGGGAUUCCCACAUCGUCCCUCUGGUGCGCCAACACGGCACGGUGCGUAUACAACUCAAUACACUCUCACAUCGGCUGCUGCGACGACACGACGUCAAACUGCCCGAUCUGGACCACAUGCUUCGACUCGUCGGAACGUGACAGCUACACUACUAACAACGGCCGCACUCUGUGGUGCGGUAACGAUGAGUACCCAUACUGCCACACCCAUCUCUACCAAGACGAGGCCCUCGUCGGCUACACCCUGCUCGGCUGCGCGGUAGCCGCCGGGACAGGUCAGGUGUGGUACUCGUCGUCCAGAGAGACCCCAACCCCAAGCCCGAGCCGGAGCCCGACACCCAUCACCGACCCGAGCACCUUCUCCGACGACCCGACCCGCACCCCCGACCCCAUCUCUUCCACCACCAGCACCGCAACCCCGCCCCCUGUUGAGUCCUCCUCCACCCCCGUCGGCGCCAUCGUAGGCGGCGUAGUCGGCGGCAUCGGCGCCCUCGCCCUCAUCGUCCUGGGCGUCUGGUGGCUGAUGCGCAUGCACGACAAGCAAAAGAAGGAAGCCGCCGCCGCCGCUGCAGCCGCCGGCAUGGCCCCCCACCACCAACAACAGCAACCACCACCCAACGGCGGCGACCCGCACAUGUCGCAGCUCCCACCCCAACACCACCAACAACAGCCGCCGCAGGGCUACUACGUCGCCAGCUACGCCAAACCCCCCGCCGGCCACGGCUCCGUCGCCUACAGCACCACCACCGCCGGCGGGUAUGACCAGGCGACUGUGGUUGGCAGCUCGCCGCCGGGCUCCCCGCCGCUGUCGGGGCCCGGGUCGGGAUACCAGAAUGUGCAGGGCACGCCGUCGCCGCCGCCUCAGGGGCAGGGGCAGUUUGGCGGGUUUGCUGGGUUUGGUGCGCCGCAGCAGGGCCAGCAGCAGCAGCAGCAGUUUGGGAAUGUGCCGCCUGGCAGUGCCGUCUCGCCGGGGACGCAGGUCGCGCCGGGGGGUGGGUUCCAGCCGCAGCAGCAGCAGCAGCAGCAGCAGCCGCCGCCGGGUUAUGGGGUUGGGGAUGGGUAUGGUGGUGGGCAGCAGCAGGGGUAUGCGGCGGAGUUGCCGGCGCAGAGGGGGGAUGGGGAGUUGAGGGAGUUGCAUGGUUAGGG